AAGACCAUAAAGUGUGCCAGAGUGCGUGCAUAUGUGUACUUCAAAAGGUUCACGGUACUGGCUGUAGUCUUUGGUCGUGCAUGUCUGCCAACCAUAAUAUGGUGCAGCUCAGAAAUAAGCGUUGCGUUAGACCUGGUUACUGUAUAUGUGUAAAUAGAACAAGUUUAGCGUGUGUUUUACUCACGUCUGUACGCCACAGAAGACCUCAGUUUGGGAUGCUGCAUUAUAUAGAAGUAUUGUUACACACACAAAUUUAAUCAGGUUUAUGACUCUUUGAUGAUCAAGUUACCAUGGCGACUGUGCUUGACAACAAAAGAUGCAAAUCGCCAUUGUUUGAGAACGGAGAUCUGUCCAAAGAUUUCGGACUGGACAUCACUGUCUUCCAGGGCGGAACGGUGAAGUCGUCAGUCAGCCAACAGCAAUACCAGGCCGUCUGCUCCAACAUCUAUGACCAGUUCACUAUGACCCUGGCAGAGCACAUCAAGGAGGAGUUGAAACUUCGGCAGCUGCUGAAGACUUCACAAACUCCAAGAAUUGAAGCCACUGCCGUGUCUGCUUCGACGCCGCACACCAAUACCGCCAGAGAUGCCGAGUUUGGUGAUACUGAUGAAGCUAAAGAUUAUGCUGCUGACGCCAAAGACGUCACUAAAUACAGCCGCGGGAUACUGCAAGAUAGAGCAACACAAUCAAAACAACAAAAGAUAACCCGUGGGAGUGAUAGCCUACGAAAGGAAGAGUUAUCUCUCCCCAGAAGGCAAUACAAAGAAUACGACGGCAGAAUUGAGCCAAGCAGUUUGAAUCUAUCCAAGAACAGAGUCAUUCGGGUGAACGCUAAGACCUUCUCUCGCCUGACUCGGGGUCAGAUCCGCGCUCAGCUUCUCAACGCCAAUGAAGAGUACAUCCUGACGCCGUUCAUAGGAAGUAGCCUGGAGAACAACGACCGAGAACGUCUUGUGGUCGCCAAACAGAGAACGACCUACAAGACACCGACCCUGGCGUCAGAACUGAAGGUGAACAACUUGGUCGCUAUUCAGAGGGACAUCUUGGGUCAAGGACGCAGGCGGCGAUCGGUCAGAGAAGUUCUGACACAAGCGCGAGAUAGGAGGGCACGACUGUACCGUGUUCAGCUGACCAAUUAUAAAUUUUGCGAUGACCUUCAGUUUAAGGUCGCAGAUGAAACCAAACGAGAUCGCGCUGGCCGUGACGAUGACAGUGAGGUGACGCCUAGGUCACAAACUUUACAGCACAAGCAGCAGCUACAGAGGCUAAGACCUCCACGUCGUACUUCGUUCUCGUCUGCUUCUGACCUUCUAGACAUUUCUUCGAGAACAACGCCGGAAGUAGAUGACGUUAAAAAUGACGUAACAGUCCUUGACGUCACGUCCGAUUUAACAAGCUCCGCGAAUGAAGUCACCGAAACUCGAAACAUAAGCCACAAAAAACUAGAUCUAAGUAAAAACUCAAAACUUUGUUCAAAGCCAGUAAUGGAAAGGAAUUCUGACGAAGACCAAAUAUCGAGCUCUUUAAAAAAGGUUUGUAUUUCUGGCAAAACGUUAAACAAAAUAAACCCAGAUACGAUCUUUUCUUCAAUCAAUAAAACACAGGACAGAUCAGUUUCAACACCGGGAAACCCAGAGAGUGUCGUUUUAUCGACCAGUGAAAACCUAAGCAGGCUGUUUACACCAAUUAAAGAAAACCCAGAUAUGACCCAGACAUCAUCCCAAACAAACCCAGCCAAAAUCGAUAAAUUCAAGUCUUCUAAAGUAUCCAGAGCUAAAUGUAAGCUGGUCAGGUCCGCGCCUAUGUCUAGCAACUUCAAUGACCCAAUUAACGCAGGUAAUUCCCUCCGGGCUGCGAGAUCCCUUCACACCAUGCAUGACGUCAGGAGCGUGGUCAAGCAGUGGAAGGAGGAAGACAGGAAUCGGGAGGAGAAACUCAAUCUGUGGAGGAAGAGGAUGACGUUUAUCACUGUCAGAAGGCGGGAAAUGGCGGUAGGGUCUCCCCUGAAAGAGAAACUGUGAAUCUUAAUUGUAUAAGAAACCAAACAUGAUUACAUUUCCAGAAACAACAGUCAUUUUCUAAUAUUGAUAAACAAAUAGCCAAGGUAGUUCAAAAUAAGUUGGGAUCUUUCCAAUAGAAAGUUUACGUUCUUGUUAGACUGUUGAAAAAAAGUUAAUUUCAGAACUAGAAAUACAAGUGAAGACAGUAAGCGGAAUAAGUCAAUAAGUUUGAAACUUCAUGUUAAGUCUCUACUUUUGUGUUUAUAGUGUGCGUUCAAGCUUUUUAUCAUUUAUUUGUGAGGGUUCAAAAUGUUGUUUUUUUUAAAGUGUUCCUAGCUCUUCACUAAAACUGAGGCAAAAUUUGGAUCCUCAAUUUAACUUUAUUAAGUGCAAUGACGUAUUCACCACCCAAUGCCAUUGUAAGUUGUAACCAUAACAAACUAGGAGACUCUCUGUUUGUUAGCUAAACUGUUCACAAGGAUACGAUACGAUACGAUACACAAUAUAUUCCGAGUGACUGUGUUAGGUCAAGGUAUUUACUGCUUCUUUUGAUUGAGUGAGUCCUUCCUCUGACAGCAGGCUUUUGGUCUCGCAUUUUAAUUAAAAAGGAAAUAUUGUUACUGCUUUAACAAUUAUCGAAUAAUUAAGAAAUUGUAUAAAUCUAAUUUAUAAGAAAAACCUGAAAGAGAGUUCGUAUGGACCCACCUAAAAAGAAAGUGUUAUACAUUGAUUACAUCGACACGCUUGGUGGAUUUUGACUGUGAUUACAGUUGGAUAGUAUAAGAUUAUCUUGUUAUUUGUGAUGAUUCAUGAAUGUGUCUAGAGACUAGUACAAGUCAUGUGAUUAAUUCAUCAAUGUGCAAUGAAAAGGAAACAUUGCAAUAGAAUACUAAUACAGUUGGCAUUCCUUUUGGUUGUAGACUAGUAAUGGGACCAGCCGUCUGCUGAAAGAAAAAAUUCACCGACAUAUAAAUGAUGCUACAGAUUAUGAUCAGCUAUGUUUUUAAACUUAUAUUUGCUGUUUUAUUUCUUUUUCUCUUUAAUAAUAUUCUCAAUUAUCGUAAGCGACAAUUUUGUUUUAGAUCUACCGCCUUCAUCGGGCGUUGUGUUUUUAACUUGUUUAAAGUGAAUAUGGGAACAAAAAUAGAAGAAUACAGUUUGUUUCAUUAAAGAAAGAUAACUUUAAUUUUUUUUAUUACUGA